AUAUUGUUGUUUGUUUAAUAAACCUGUGUUUAAUUCUAUUCACAUUGGACAUAUUAACCCUUUCAGAACUCACUGGAGUAGAAUCAAGUCAUUCUCAAACCUGAGGGACUGCCUAAAAAUUGAUAAUACUGAAAUCUUUAUUAAUCAAUGUAAAAGUUCCCUUUACUUUAUGAUCCUCUUCUAUUAGUUAUGCCCACUUACAAGGGGACAUUUAUGUUAGUUUCAUUCGGCGACAUUAGUUUAAUCCAGUCUGUCCGUCUGUAUUGGACAAGAAAAAGCACACGUUUUGAGAAGUUGGAGCAUAUUAUCCCCAGGAAGUGGGAUUCAGGACUAGGAAUGACCGUUCGGCCGUCUCGAUUUUCUUAUCUACUGAAGUUAAAAGCUAUGAUUAUCCUGAGUACUUGAGAUUUAACAAAUAUGUCCAGGUGCUUAGCAGACAAAAGGUGAGCUAAAGUUUAUUCCGAAUCCAGGAGAUGUGACUCGAGUUGUCCGACAUUGAUGAUUCUUUUAGAAGCGGUGGAUGGAACAAAAACAACUAAUUGAAAAGUGAAUGAUUCUUCUUGGCGACAGUUAAAUUUUUGGAGUUCAUUACGACUGUUUUGCAGCACCGCCUUACGUCAGGUACGGAUGGUUGCUCUGUGUGGGAGACGACUGGGAACGUGCCCUGUUGCGGUGUCAGAGCCAGUCAGAAAUGCAGCAAACAGCCCAGAAGCAGCAGGCGCCAAGCAGAGCUGUCUCUUUCCCACAACUCAGCUCCAGUUUACUCUUCAUAGUCAUGUUACUCGCGGCGAUCAUAGCUCUGCUGUUAUUCGUCUUGCCAACCGAAGAGAAAAACAAAGAUUUUUACUCAUUUAAGAGUGUGAACAUUAGAGGGAAGCUAAUUUCACUGGAGAAGUACAGAGGAUCGAUUUCUUUAGUUGUUAAUGUUGCCAGCGAGUGUGGCUUCACAGAAAAUCACUACAAAGACCUACAACAAUUACAACGUGAACUGGGACCAAUGCAUUUUAAUGUCCUGGGAUUCCCCUGUAACCAGUUUGGGAAUCAAGAGCCAGGCUCUGACCAAGAAGUUGAAAGGUUUGUGCGAAGGACCUAUGGAGUUUCCUUUCCAAUGUUCAGUAAGAUCAAUGUCAAAGGUCCUGGUGCAAAUGCAGCAUUCAAAUAUUUAACAGUCUCCAGGAAUCUCUUGACUUCUGUCAUGAACCUGCUCAAUGAACCUGUUUUCACAACCUUUGGGGUAGAGAAUUCCAAACAUUCACCAUCAUAUAAAAGUUGGAGUUCUCCGUACUGCCAGAAUCACAGGUCUUGGCCAAAGACUCCUCUGGGAAGGAGCCAAACUGGAAUUUCUGGAAGUAUCUUGUGGAUGCGAAUGGUGAAGUGGUGGAUGUUUGGGAAACAUCUGUUCCAAUUGCAGAAAUAAAGCCAAAAAUUGCAACGUUAGUGAGGCAACUCAUUGUGAAACGAAAAGAUGAAUUGUAAUUUAACUCCAAAAUCUGUAAUAUCUAAUAUUAUCUUAUUCUAGUUUGCACCACUUUUAACAAAUUAUUUUUGUGUUAUCAUCUCUGUUCUGUGAAGUCCACUAAUUCAUUCCCUGUGACACUAUAUUUUCUUUGGCAUAGGUUAUGCCUUUCUACUGCAAUAAAAAUAGUUGAAGAAGUGGAGCAAAUUGUACAUCAUUUAUUACUUUUUUCAUUGAGGGAGAAGUCAAGUUUAUUGUGUGCUCUAAA